AUGUCAGAGAGCGACUAUUCCUACAAUUCAGAUGAUGAUGAUAAUUAUUACUAUAGCAAUAAUGAUUAUGACUUAGAUUUGGAUGUUGUUGAGGAAGUUAAUGAGGAAGAUCUUAAAGAUUUAUCUAAAGCAAUAGACGCAGAGACAAUAACAAAAGAUGAUGUUGUUGAAAUUAUUGAAUCUAAUGUAGAAUCUGUGAAAUGCCAAAUAUCAGGAGUAUUUACAACAGAUCAAAUUCGGCAUCUACUUUUUAGGACUAAAUUUAACAAUGAAGAAGUUAUUAAAAAAUUAAAAGAUAAUCCAGAUAGUUUCUUAAUUGAUCAUAAACUUCUUCCAAUGGAAGAUGAUGUAAGAAAGUGUAAACGUAUUAAAAAAAAUGAAACAUUAAAUGAUGGUGCUUUUAAUAGCACAGAAUGUCUUAUUUGUUGUUCACAAUUUGAUUUAAAAGAACAUAUGAAAUUAAAGAGUAAUUGUAAACAUUGUUUUUGUAAAAGUUGUUGGUUUAAUCAUAUUAAAAAUCAAGUUGAUAUGAAUAAUGCUGCUAAUAUAACAUUAAGUCAGGUUACGAAAGAUAAUAAUAAGAUAUCUUUCGAAUUGUAUAAUAAUUAUAUGAAAACAUUAUGUAACGAAUAUAUAGAAGUACAUCCAAAAAUGAUAAAGUGCCCAGGAACAGAUUGUUUAUCAGUAAUAUUUGCUGAAAAUGCAUCAUACAAAGAAUUUCAUGCUCCGGCAAAUUGUUCAAAUAUGAUUAAAUGGAAACGUAAAUGUGAAGAUGAUUCAGAGACAUCAAAUUAUAUUAGAGCACAUACAAAAGAAUGCCCAAAAUGUCACACAACAAUAGAAAAAAACGGGGGUUGUAACCAUAUGACUUGCAAGUUUUGCAAUAACGAGUUUUGUUAUGUGUGUCUUGGUCAAUGGAAAGAACAUGGAACUUCUUAUUAUAAUUGUUCCAAAUAUAAUGAUGAUAUGAGAGCAAAAACAGAAAAAAAUAUAAGUAAAGCUGCUUCUGAGUUAAAAAAAUAUCUACAUUACUUUGGAAGAUGGGAUAAUCAUUUAAAAAGUUUAAAAUUAGAAGAAGAACUUAGGGAAAAAAUUAAAGAACGGAUUAACGAAAAAAUUAACAAAAAUGAGGGGACAUGGAUAGAUUGGCAAUAUUUGUAUGAAGCUGCAGAAGUACUAACUAAAUGUCGAUUUACACUAAUGCAUUGUUAUCCAGAAGCAUAUUAUUUUACAGAAAAUAGUCCAGAGAAAGAAUUAUUUGAAUAUCAAUUAAAUAUGUUUGAAAAAGCGGUUGAAGAUUUAUCAUGUUUAUGUAUGGCAAUUGCAGAAAGGAAUAGGAAGGCUGUUAUAAGUGAAUAUUAUAAAAAAUUCAAAUAG